AUGAAGUUCGCUCUGUGGUUGUCAGCCCUAUUGGCGGCCGUAAUCCCCACAGUCCAUGCUGCCAGCGCUGCCGAACUGCAACAGAUCGUCUCGGUUAUGCCGGCGUGCGGAUUGCUCUGCCUCGAGAAGAACAUCGCCGCAUCGCCAUGCGGCCUGACCGAUACCGAAUGCAGCUGCUCGAACUCAACCCUCAACGCCCAGAUCGAGCUGUGCGUUGUGACGACCUGCAAAGUCAAAGAACAAUUGACAACCAAAAAUGCCACCCAGACGCUCUGUGGCGCGCCGGUACGGGACAGGACUAAAUCCGUCUCUGUUUCCGGUAUCGUUGGCGGCAUCUUUGCAUUGAUUGCCUAUGUCCUCCGCAUGGUGGCUCGGCAUCCCAAAUUCGGCGGCACGCUCGGUUGGGACGAUGCUAUGAUGACCGUCGUCGUCGUUCUCGUCGCGCCGCUGACUUGCCUUUCGGUCGUCCUGGCAAAUCUUGGCCUUGGGAAGGACAUUUGGACAAUCCCUUUUGAUAACAUUACUCAUAUCCUCUACAUCUACUACUUCGACGAGGAUCUGUAUCUCUCCGCACUCCCACUCCUGAAGGUCUCCAUCUUGCUCUUCUACCUGCGAAUCUUUCCUGAAAAGGGCUUUCGCCGGGUCGUGUUCGUCGUCAUCGGGCUCUGCGUUGGUUAUGCCAUAGCCUUCGUCAUGGUCUCCAUCUUCCAAUGUCGUCCGAUCAAGUACGCCUGGCUGCAGUGGGACGAUGAACAUGAAGGAACCUGCAACAACAUCAACGCUCAGGGAUGGUCUAGCGCUGCGCUAAACGUUAUUCUGGACUUGAUCGUCAUCAUCCUUCCAAUGCCUCAGCUAUGGCAACUGCAGCUAAACAAGCGCAAGAAGUUCCUGCUGCUUCUCAUGUUCUCUGUUGGCUUCUUCGUUACCAUCGUCAGCAUUCUCCGCCUUCAGGUCCUAAUCCAGUUCGGUAGCACGCACAACUUGACCUGGGAUUACACACCUGUUGGAUAUUGGUCCACCAUUGAAAUCCAUGUUGGCAUAAUAUGCGCAUGCAUGCCGGCUAUACGUGCGCUGCUGAUGCAAUGGAUGCCCAAGGUCAUGGGCCAAACAACCAAGGACAAGUCCUAUGGCCAAUCCUCAUCAGGAUUCAGCUCCAAGUUUGGCGGCAGCAGCAACAACGCUAUGCCAAAGGGCAGCCAGCUCUCAAACCGACCAAAGGGCGAGGACGACGGCGACUUCAUACCGCUAGUUGACGUCGAGAGUCAGGCGGGCACGUCCGUCCAUGGUGGACCAAGUUUGCCACCCACCAGAGCCGGGCCGCACGCAGCCCAGCCUAGGGAAUUUCAAUGA